AUGCCUCGCCUUCUCGCAACUCAAUCACAUGUCGUUCACGGCUACGUAGGUAACAAAGCAGCAACUUUCCCAUUACAAUGUUUAGGAUGGGAUGUAGAUUGUUGCAAUAGUGUUCAAUUUUCCAAUCAUACUGGUUAUGGUAUGGACAAAGUAUUUGGUAAUAUUACAGAACAACAUCAUUUGGAUCAACUAUUAUCAGGCCUCUUUAAUAAUUUUCCAAAGGAGUAUAAUGCUAUGUUGUCAGGAUACCUUCCCAAUAAGGACUCUGUGAGGUGUAUGGGCACCAACUAUAAACGAUUCAAAAUGGCCAAUAAGGACUCCAUUUGGCUUAUGGAUCCUGUUAUGGGUGAUGAAGGUGUAUUAUACGUUAGUGAGGACGUGAUACCGGAGUACAGAGCACUAGCACUUUCAGAGGACUCGAAAGUGGAUAUCAUAACUCCUAAUCAGUUUGAGCUGGAAAUAUUAUACGAUAAAAAGAUUAACUCAAUGGAUGAACUUAAAUUAGCUCUCCUACAUCUACACAAAACGAUACCGAUUAUUGUAGUCACAUCUUGUAAUUCAAAGAUAUUUGAUGAUCAGGAGUAUAUUUAUUGUAUUGCAUCCAUGAAAGGAAAGGAACCAAUUGUAUAUCGUGUUCCACUUAUAGAUUCAUAUUUCACAGGUGUGGGCGAUUUAUUCUCAGCUUUAUUAGUGGACAAGGUUUUCAGUCUCCUAACGGGAAAAUCCAACCAAGAAUUUGCUCAACAGGUGAACGCAGUGCUGAACAUCAUUCAACGGGUCCUUCAUUUAACAAAAAGUAUGGGGCCUAAAAACAUUAAAUCAAAAAUUGGGUCUGCCUUGGAUAUGAAAGAGAUGGAACUUAGAAUUAUUGAAGCAAGAGAUCUUUUUACGGAGUGCAAUGGAGGUGAUGAGAACUUCAUACACUCUCGAUUAUAG